AUGGCAUUGUUAGAAACAGCUCGCAGGACGUGGACGUUGCUCGUCUCUCCCGAGCUCCCAGUUCCAUUCAACUAUGUCCCAUUAGCUUUCCGUCUCCUCGCGUACAUGAUAGCAGCCCCGUUUGUUCUCUUCAUUGCCCUCGAGCUCGUGGCAUAUGUCAUCACCCGCACCUUGCACAUCUCCAUCUCUAAUCUGCGUGUCCCACGAUCACCGCCCGCGGCACCCCGCGAGCUCGAGGACGACGACACGAUCGAAGAUGAGGACACCUCCACAACUCCGCGCGCCCGCACGCCGAGCAGCUCCAAGGGGCAGCCAUUCGCGCGGGCGUUCGGCGCAGCCACCCCUCGUGGCGCAACUACGGGCGCGCUUUUGCUUCUGGCCGCUUUAUUCGCCGCCGGAGUUGCCGGAUUCCAGAUCCUCGUCACUCGCGCAAACGAGCGUGCCGCGCUCUCCUUAGCUGAGGGCGUCGAGAAGCCAGCUGUGCUGGUGCUCACGGCCCACCCAGACGACGAAGCCAUGUUCUUCGCUCCUACUAUCGUGAAUCUGGUUGCGGCGGGGUGGGAUGUUCACCCUGUCUGCAUGUCAAUCGGUAACGCCGAGGGCCUCGGUGGCGUUCGUUCUCUCGAGCUCUUGGAGAGCUACACCCGCCUUGGAGUCGAGCAAACCCCACUGCUCCUCGACAACCCCAGUCUGCCGGACAGCAUGGGCCCUGACGGUGCUUGGGACGCCGCGUACGUCGCCGAGCUGGUCGCUCCUAUCGUCCGCACGUCAGGCGCCACUCAUCUCCUGACAUUUGACAACACCGGUGUCACACAGCACCCAAACCACAUUGCUCUCGCGUACGUGCACGGCUACCUCGAGAAGCACGAUGUCCAUCUCGACCUUCUGCAGCUGCACUCGCCGCGUCUCGCGACCAAGUUCACCGGCGUGUGGUGGGCGAUAUUCAUCGCUGCGCGUGACGCGCUGCGCCGCGAGCCGCCCCACUACCCGACCUUUGUCAGUACUCCGACACAGUAUGCGCAGACGCUGUAUGCAAUGCGCGCGCACCAGAGCCAGCUCGUCUGGUUCCGCUGGCUGUAUGUCUCUUUCUCCAGACUCAUGUGGGUCAACCAGUUGGAUUAG